CAGCCCCCCAAAAAAAAAAAAAAAAGAAGAAAAACGGUGGAGGUGAUUGUCGACAAAAAGGAAACACAAGAAUUAAGUUUUUCUUUUUUCAAGAAAAAAAAAACAUUUAAUUCUCAUCGAGUGGAAAAAAGAAGAAAAAAAGAUGGCCGGAUCAGACGGAGCCAUCCUGCUGACGACAGCCAGGUGGACUGGUAGUAGCGGGAGUGGCUCCUCAGGCCAGUCGGAGGACUCGCCCCACGUUUACCUUCACGAUGUUGUCAAAUCGGGCGAGAUGCCGCAACUGGUUCGCAUUGUCAAGGGCUCUUACCUGGGCCUGGGUGCUCCCUCUUUACCCAAUCCGUCCCUGUCGUCGACGGCCCUAGUGGCCUCGGCUGGUGCCAGUCUCCGACUGGCCGUCCAGUGUCUCAAAUUCAAAGACAAUCACAAGACGGUCAACGUCGGACCUAAACUGGCCAUACCCGAAACGUUCGACGGCUAUUUUGAAAUUCUGAACGAGGACGGACGGGCCGUUCGGGGCAUCGAGUCGGUAGCCGAAUUGACUCGCAAAUUCCCCGACUCGUGCCUCGUCCGUCAGAAUAUCAAAGUCUUUUACCAGCAAUCGACGGACAGCAAUGGCAAAUCGGCCGAUCAGCAGCACGUCUGCCACAACAUCACCGAGCGCUCGCGGACGCUGAACGCCGGCGAGCUGCUCGUGUUGGUGGGCGAAGUGAGCAGCGGAGGCCUGUCGCCGUCCGGCGCUGGCCAACGGUUCUUACGUUGCCUCGACUCUAGAGGCGAUCACGUUUACCUACCGCUGGACAUGCGGGCCAAGUUCAGUGUCGUGGCCAAAGAGGACAAUCAGCAGGGCAUCAGUGGCGUGCAUCGCAUCCGGGCGCUGCUCAACAAGCGGCUACCGUUGACCGUGAGAAUGGUGUCGGGCAGCCCGCCUGCCGGACUCAAAAUCGGCCAGCAAUUCUGCUACGAGAUGAGACUGUUGGCCAGCUUUCGAGAGGAGAUGAUCGUGGCCAUGCCGCUGGGUGUCAACCAGGGCAAAACGUUGGCCGACGGGCCGGGAGUAGUCAUCAUCCCGCCGACCGUUUCGCUCAAACUGCAAUUGCCCGUUAACCGACAGAGCCUGAAGGCUACCAAGGAAUUCGCACGCAUGACGGAACGUUGCCUUCACCAAUACGGCCUGCUGUCCGAUCGCAUUCAAGUGUACGACGCCCAUUUCAGCAAGAAUUUGCGCUUCGAUGGCCAGCAUUGGCGAGUGCCCGUCCCGCUGCUCUUAGCUCCGCUCAGACGCAGCACGUCCGAUCUGAUCCAAUCGAUCACCGGCCACGGCGGCAACAGGAAACACUCGCCGGAGAGUUCGAUGAACGUCUUACAGUCCCUGACGACGGAAGAGCUGGUCGAAGCGGACGAGGACGGCGGACAGGACGAGCUGCCGGCCGAGUACGACGAGAUCGAUCAGAUCUACGACUACAUCCGAGGAUUUGCUCCGCUGCCCAAGAACUUGAAGACGUCGUCGACGUACGACAUCUUCAACGAAUCCAGUCGUCUGGUCAGCAACCGCAAGUCGGAGCAACGUCGCAAUCUCUACAAUAAAGUGGUCAGCGGCAAUCAAAACACGUCGGAGUACAGUCACCAGCAGAAGAUGCCAGUCAACGCCAGUCACAAAUGCAAACCGGCCCCGCCUCCGCUGGAGACGAUUCCAACUCACCGCAACCGCAUCAACAGCCACAGUAAAGAGGUCGUCAGCAGUCCGGUGGCCGUUCCGGGCUCCGUUCCGCUGGCCGUGGACAAGGAGGAGCAAGUGCACAACAAUCAUUCGGCAGUGACGAGCAUCACGGUGAACCAAGGCGCUUCGUCGCCCGAACCCGUUGCCAAACCGCGCAUGUACAGACAGCGCAGCGCCCUGACCGGAGGCGCCGCUCCAUCGGCUGCCGUCCAGCGGCUUUACAGCAAAAAUCCGGCCGUAGUGAUACACCGUUCGCCCGGCAUGCUCAGCCCGGCUGAGAGUAAGCAAUCGCUGACUCCGUCGCCUCUUUUCAACAUCCGUUACAAGUCGAUGACGAACCUUUUAUUGGCCAACUCGGCGGCCGAUUCGGAUACGUUAGGAUCGAGCCAAAGUGGCGGAAGAUGUUCGGGUGGGUCGGCCGGAUCGGCGGCCGUCAGAUCGCCUCAUCACUCCAACCAACAGCGACUUCACCAUCAUGCGCAGAAGCAACACUACACGAGGCAAGUGUCGGCUCCUCCAGUGUCGCAACACCGACUCUUCCAGCUCCAUCGGCCGCGGUCGUUGACUGAUUUGCUGUGGGGCCGCAACAGCGAAAAUCAGCGCAACAAUCGGUCGGCUAACACCAAAUCGCCUUUGAAAAUUCAAUUGCAUCCGACUGUGGUGGCCGAUGUCAUCCCGUCGAGUUCCAGUCGAACGUCUGGACCGAAAAGGGAGGUCAUCGGACGUCGACGACAUUCAGGAUCUAACCACCACCUGCUCAAUACAGCCGCCGGAAACGGAUCCAGUAGCAGCCACACAACCACUAAGAAACACACCAUCUUCUACCACUUGUAAUAACAACAACAACAACAACAACAACAACACAUAUGCCUUCUUCUUUUCUUGCCUGACCUUGUACUUUUUUGUUUGGUUUUUUUGUUUCUACUGUUCCGUGUGUGUCUCUCUCUCUGUGUGUGUAAGGCGCUGUUUAAUUUCAUUUGGUUUGCUUCAUCAUCUUCCACCAUUUUUUGUUGUUUUUUUUUUAUGUUCCGGGGUUGUUAUUUCUUGUUUUUCUUCUAUUCCCACCUGUUUUGUUUUAUUCGGUGUUCCAGCUUGAAUUUUUCCUUUUGGAAUUCCUCCCCCUCCCCAACACACAAAAUUUACCAGCGCUAUAAAAAAAAAAAAAUCACUUGUCCUUAACGAAAUGCCACACAUAUGCAAAUUGUCAAUCCUUUCUAAAGAGGAAAGGUUAUUCUUGAUAUUUUAAUUUUUUUUUUUUUUUUUCGAAUUUGUUUUUUUAAUGCAUCCACGUCAGAGUCAAAUGUCAACUUGUAGAUUACGAGAAAGUGAAAUCUAAAAAUAAAGAAAUUAAGAAGAAAAACAGAAAGGGAAAAUGAAAGUGGAAUCGCAACAAGAGAAAAGUAAAUUUGUACUUAAUUUAAUUAACUAUAACGCGAGCGUCUAUCGUUGUGUUUUUACUUUUCUUCGACGCGUGUUUAUUUUGCCAGAGAAUUUUGUUUGUUUUGUUUUUUGUUUUUUUUCUCCAAUGUUUGUAUCUUUCCGCCGUUUGUUUCCUUGUCUCCUUGGGUGUCUUUGUAAUAACUUCGCAUUUGCAACAACCACAAAAAUAAAAAAUAAAUUUGAAUUCGAUUUCGA